AAAGCAAGCCUUCCUGGGGACAGUGAUUGCAGUCUCCCUGCACACCCAGCCUUGGGCAAGGACCCAGAGACCUCCCAUGCUGAGCUGAGAGGCUGAAGUGCUGCGGAAGAACGAGAGGAGGACAGAGCAAAGCCAUGAUAUUUCCAUGGAAAUGUCAGAGCGCUCAGAGGGGCUUAUGGAAUGUCUUUAAGCUGUGGGUCUGGACUGUGCUCUGUUGCGAUUUCUUCGCUCAUCAUGGAACCAACUGCUGGACUUACCAUUAUUCUAAAAAAGCCAUGACCUGGGAAAAGGCUAGACUGUUCUGCAGAAAUAAUUACACAGAUUUAGUUGCCAUACAAAACAAGGGGGAGAUUGAGUACCUGAACAAGACGCUUCCCUACAAUCCUAAAUACUAUUGGAUAGGAAUCCGGAAGGUAGAAGGGGUAUGGACUUGGGUGGGAACCAACAAAUCUCUCACUAAAGAAGCAGAGAACUGGGGCGAUGGGGAGCCCAACAAUAAGAAGAGCAAGGAGGACUGUGUGGAGAUCUACAUCAAGAGGCAGAAAGACGCAGGAAAAUGGAAUGACGACGCCUGCCACAAAGUGAAGAUAGCCCUCUGCUACACAGCUUCUUGUCAGCCCUGGUCAUGCAGCGGCCAUGGACAAUGUGUGGAAAUCAUCAAUAAUUCCACCUGCGACUGUGAUUUGGGGUACUACGGGUCCCAGUGUCAGUUCGUGACUCAGUGUGAGCCUUUGGAGGCCCCAGAGCUGGGUACCAUGGCCUGUACUCACCCUUUGGGAAACUUCAGCUUCACAUCACAGUGUGCCUUCGAAUGCCUUCAGGGGACAGACAUAAUUGGGAUUGAAGAAAUUACUUGUGGACCACGUGGAAGCUGGUCAUUUCCAAAACCAAGCUGUCAGGUGAUUCAGUGUGAGCCUCUAACAGCACCCGAUUUGGGAACCAUGGACUGUACUCACCCCCUGGCCAACUUUGGCUUUACCUCUAUGUGCACCUUCAACUGCUCAGAAGGAGCUGAGUUAAUUGGCGAAGAGAAAACUGUUUGUGGAUCAUCUGGAAAUUGGUCCAGCCCUAGUCCAAUAUGUCAAAAAGUGGACAGGACUUUCUCAGUAAUCAAGGAGAGUGACUACAACCCUCUCUUCAUUCCGGUGGCUGUCAUGGUUACCGCAUUCUUUGGGUUGAUAUUUAUCAUUUGGCUGGCAAGGAGAUUAAAAAAAGGCAAAAAGUCUCGGAGAAGCACGGAUGAUCCAUAUUAAACGACCUGCUAUGAAAGGAAAUUCUUGAGAUACUGAAGUGUCACUGGAUCCUUCAAAUCCCUCCUUGAAAAGUUUUGCUUGGUGGCGUCUUCUACAUUGAAGAUGCAGUGUAUCUCUUUCAGUGCAUCUGAAAAGUUUUCAACCCGAUCAGCUGCUCCUUCUGUUUCCAUUUUGCCCCAUCACCUCCCACCCCCAACUUUCAGUGUACAGUUGUGGGUUUUAUAGCUCAGUCUUUUUCUCAUGGACAAACAAGACCAUGGGAAAAGGAUUACUGUGGAAUAUAAAUACACCGAUUUCUCUCUCUCUCUCUGGACUCUGGCUUCCUGCUUCAGUUCAAUGCUGUACCUGAUAACAUAUACUUUUAAAUACAGCGAAAAUUUGAUACAUAUGUAACUAUAGGCUCAGUUUUGUUACAGAUCACAUUGUAUCUCCCCAGCCCUCCAGUAUACUGGGGGGGCAUAAUUCCUAUAGAAAGUUCAUAAAAUUGAUGUUACUCUUGCUUUUCAGCUCCAGUGUAGUAAUGGGGAUCUGCUCCUACUAGCAAAAGUCCUACUUGCUCUAUAGCCCCACCUUCUAUGAACAGAGGUCAUCCUAUUUAACUGCCUCCAGCCUCCCACCUCCUUCAGCCAUCUCCCCCGUCUCUGUUGGCUGACUUGCAUACAUAGCAGCUCAAACAAAAGAAGAGAAGAGGAAGAUAGCCUGCACUGUUGGGGUUGGUUUUUUUUUUUUGGUUUGGGUUUUUUUUUUUUUUUGGGGAUUUGGGUUUUGAUGUCUCUUUUUUAUUAGCACCAUCCAGAUUUCUUGAAUUCAGUGAUUCUUUUAUGACCACUCAUCACCAGAAUACCAGCUGCAGGCAUCUGUCUGAUGUUAUACAAAAGAGUUAAACCAAGUAGAAAGAGAUGCCUGGACUCCUGUUCAAAUGCUCCUCCUUCCUCACCCCCAAUCCUCUUACAUAUCCACCUAGGUUCUAUCUGCUCUUUAUGAUUCAUCUCAGGCACUCCGCACCCUUACCACUGUUUUCAUUACUAGUCCUUAACUAAUCCAACCUGUGGCAACCUCCCCUUCCUGGCCUCCUACUGCAAGGUCGGUCAGUAACAUGCAAUUUUGUACUUAAAUACAGUUUUUUAAAAAAUGUUACCUAGUUUGUUAUUUUUAAAAUUAUCAUAUGUGUGUCUUCUCCCCAGUGAAUUUCUACUCCCCUUUAAAGACAGAGAUUGUGUCACACCCCUGGAAUGUCUAAUUCAUUACUUGACAGUAAAUGUGCAUUCAAAUAAAUGAGAAAGAGAAUACAGUGUACUGUUGAUAUCAGUUGCAGCAAACUCUCUCUCCAUGGCAUGUGAUUACCCAUACAGAUAUUUAUCUAAUGUCAAGGGCUGAAUUCUUAUAAGAGGAUAAGGCCCUGUGUAAAAACUAGUUGGAAAUA